GCACCAUUCAUGAAAAAGUACCAGCCCCUAGCAGAACAAAAGAGAAAAAAUCGAAUGGCUCCGGCAAACAAGUCACUUGUGCACGUGCUUGGAAGGAGACCCAACAGCCCGCGACCCAAACUUUGCGAGUUUCACAUCAUCUCCCUUAUCCUCAGCUGCAUUCACAGUCAUCAAAGUCAGGAUCCAGUGUUCCUUCUCCCCCUUGCCCUGCCGCCCCCUCAGUGGGAGAUGACGGAGCAACGCAUUGCAGGCUGACGUUUGAAAAAGUCCUCUGUGGUUCUGCGGAUAUGAUCGUUUACCAAAUCACUAACUCCAUCAGUGGGAGCGGCACAAGUGCGAUAUCAUCGGGAAUGGGAAAAGGAAACGAGAAAGCUACGUCCAGGUCAUCUCAGGACAACCCCUUUCCUUGCAUUGCGAGUCGUCCUUUCGCCGCCGGAGGCCACCAAUGGGUGGUUAUCGUGUACCCCUACGGAGAUUCCAUCGAAACAUUCGAUUACGUUUCCAUGUUUCUUGUACUGGCGAGUCCUGGUCGUAAUGUGAAAGCACUCUAUUCCUUCAGGCUGCAAAACCAGACUCAGAGCCACUUUCAUUGCUGCCGGAAAAAUCAGAACCAGUCACGGUGCUGCACCCAAAAUCAGACCCCCCAGUCACAUCAAUGCACUGCAUUGCUUGUCGAUUGUCAAGAAUUUCCUCCACCCAAGAAUGGAGGCGGUGUGGAAGAAGGCAAGACAUCGCAGACAGUACUUUUUGAAGGAGAUCCCAAGGAUAACUGGCAAAAGGACAUUGGAAAUGUAGACAAGUUGGCACCGGCUGGUGAACAUGACAAUUGUGAUAUGAUCGACAAUUUCUCUACGGGCCCAGCGGAUGGACUUGAGCAACAGCAAUGCAAUCAAGAGCUAUCGCGCGAGACAGUAAAGAUGGUGGAACCUGUCUCUGAAAGUAUUGACAGAUUUGGGGUUGGGGAUGCAGCAGCUACUGUGCUUGAGCGCACGUGUCGUGGACCUGACACUUCUGGUAUUGAACUGCCCGAUCUUGUGAAGGGGAGAUUUUCGAAAGAUCAACCAUGUGUAUUUGAGCAGCUUGGUUGGUUCGUUGGAUUCCGUCGAUUUGCCAAACGGUCGAUUGUUGAAUCAUGUGGCUUUCUCAAGGACAACACAAUUGUUCUCUGGGUUUCUGUCCAGGUACUUAAGGACAGCAAGACCCACAGAGUCAAAGCCGCCGUCGACAAGCAGAGCAGUUGCAGAUGGAGGUUUUUUAGGCUAUUGGGAAAGUGGUUGACGCCCAAAUCUCAUUGUGCAGCAACUACCGUGCAGCAGAUUUGAAUCUUUUUGUGGGCGGUCAGCGUCCCAAAAAUUGGUUUUGUUGCUUUUGAGCCGUUCUUUGUGAGAUUGCACUCCAGAGACUUAGUGGUUGACACCCAAAUCUCAUUGUGUAGCGACUACCGUGCAACAGAUUUGAAUCUUUUUUUGGACGGUUGACGUCCAAAAAGGCCGUGAUUUGUUUUUUAAAUUUUAGUCGUUUUCUGUGAGAAUUGCCAAGUCCAGAAUCUUAGCUUCUUGUUUUCCUCCCAGAAGCGUGCUAAUAAUAGCCCUUCAGCCUGUACAAUGACCCUUACGACGAAUUCAGAAUAAUGAAGGGGAGAUGAGGGGGGUGGGGAGGAGGGGGAGCGGGGGGGAGGACAGCUUGUUUGUGAGAAUCGCUUUGUGUCCGAUAAGAGUCCAAAGAGUUGGUUUCUUGUUUUCAGUCGUCAAGGGGGCUAAUAUAAUAGCCGUUCAGCCUGUACAAUGAAUGAAUGACCUUUACAAAU